CUCUUGCAUUUUUCGCCACAAACACCAAAUAUACAUUUCCUAAUACCUUCUUCUAUAUUUUUACUUUGUUUCAAAUUAAGGAUUACCGAUCGACUAUGGCUAUUCUUACUACUCAGACUGAGAUUGCUACUGCAGUCCCCCCAGCCAAGUUGUACAAGGCCUUACUCCUUGAAGCUCAUGUCUAUGCCCCUAAAAUUCUCCCCCAGUUCAUCAAAAGCUCAAAAAGCGUUCGUGCUUCUUCAGGGAUCGUGCUUCUUCAGGGAGAUGGAGGAGUUGGAACCAUUAAGCAAACCGACUUUAAAGAAGGGUUUGGGGUGUAUUUAAAGGUGAAGGUAGAUGCAGUAGAUGAAGGGAAUUUGAAAUACAUCUACACUGCAUUUGAAGGUGAACCAUGGGUAGACACAGUAGAGAAAGCUACAUACGAGGCAGAAGUAGUAGCUACUCCUGGCGGAGGUUCCAUCUACAAGGCCACCAACAAGUACUACCCUAAGGGCAACGCUGAGAUCGAUCCCAGCAAAAUCAAGGAGGCUGAGGAUACGACCGAUGGAUGUCAAGGCUGUUGAAGCUUUGUCAAGGCUGUUGAAGCCUAUCUUGUCGCAAAUCCUGAUGCCUAGAACUAAAAUUUCAUCAGUCAUGACCUAAUUACUGCCCAUCGAUCUUGCCUGUUUUCUUUUUUUUUUUUCUGUCCUCUUUUCCAUGAAUGCCAAAAUUUGUUUUGGCUUUGGUAAUAAAAUUAUUGUUGGAUUGAACUUGAAUGGAUGGCUUUUAGCAUUUGUAUUUGGAUUUUGGAGUGAAAAUGUAAAAUGCGUGGACUUGCAAUAAAUAUUCUACUAAAAUUU